AUGUGGAUCCUGCGGGCCGCCGUCCGCCGGGGGGCCUGGCUCUCCCGCCAGGUUCGCGGCCGCCCGGUUCCAAGGGCCGCGCCGCCGCCGCCGCCUCAGUGGACAGAGCGCGCGCUCGCCGCCUUCGGAACCGGGAGCGCGGGGGGCCUGCGGGGGCGCGGAGGCGGCGGCCGGGGCCCGCGGGCGCAUGGCGGCUCUAGCGGAGCCGAGGAAAGUGAAGAGGAACCAGAAGAUGCGGAGGAGGAGGAGGAAGAUGAGGAGGAGGAGGAGGAGGAGCUGCUGCGGAGGGAGCCCCUGCUGCCCUCCGGGGCGCAGCGCGUGUGCCUGGUGCACCCCGAGAUAAAGUGGGGACCGCAGAAGCCAACGCUGACGCGAGCCGAGUGGCAGGUGGCGGAGGCGCGGGCGCUGGUGCACACGCUGGACCUCUGGUCGGUGGUGGAGACGAUGGUGGUGCCGACCAAGACCCCGGAAAAGAAGCUGAUCUUUGGCAAAGGGACCCUGGAGCAGCUGACGGAGAAAAUUCGGGGCCUGUCCAACAUCACGGCUGUGUUUCUGAACUUGGAGCGGCUGUCAGUGCCCACUAAGAAGGAGCUGGAGUCCGCCUGGCGUGUGCCGGUGUUCGACCGGUUCACCAUGGUCCUGCACAUCUUCCGCUGCCACGCGCGCACCAAGGAGGCGCGGCUGCAGGUGGCGCUGGCCGAGCUGCCCCUGCUCAGGUCCGCCAUGAGGCACGAGCCUGGCCGCCCGGACGGACACGGAGGGAACUCCCGCUACAUCCUGGGCUCCGGAGAGACCUUCCAGCAGCUGCAGCAGCGGCUCCUGAGGGACAAGGAGGCCAGGAUCCGCCGGGCCCUGGAGCGGCUGCAGCAGAAGCGGCAGCUGCUGGGCCGGCAGCGGCGCCGGCGGGAGUUCCCGGUCGUGUCCGUGGUCGGCUACACCAACUGCGGGAAGACCACGCUGAUCAAGGCCCUGACGGGGGACAGCGCCAUGCAGCCGCGCGACCAGCUGUUCGCCACGCUGGACGUCACGGCCCACGCGGGCGCCCUGCCCUGCGGCCUGCCCGUGCUCUACAUGGACACCAUCGGCUUCCUGUCCGAGCUGCCCCACAGCCUCAUCGCCGCCUUCUCCGCCACGCUGCAGGACGUGGCCCGCUCGGACGUGGUCCUGCACGUGCGGGACGUGAGCCACCCGGAGGCGGAGCGCCAGAAGCGGAGCGUGAUGGCCGCCCUGCGCGGCCUGGGGCUGCCCGCGCGGCUGCUGGGCUCCGCGCUGGAGGCGCACAACAAGGCGGACCUGGUGCCGGGGUACCGCCCGGAGGAGCCCGGCGCCCUGGCCGUGUCCGCGCUCCGGGGGUGGGGCCUGGAGCAGCUCCGGGCGGCGCUGGAGGCGGCCGUGCUGAGCGCCACCGGGCGGCGGGCGCUGACCCUGCGCGUGCGGCUGGCCGGCCCGCAGCUCAGCUGGCUGCACGCUGAGGCCGCGGUGCAGGACGUGCAGGUGGUGCCCGAGGCGGGCGUGGCCGACGUCACCGUCAUCAUCACCGAGGCCGCCUACGGCCGCUUCCGGAAGCUCUUUCCGGGCUGA